CUAACCUCUCGCUACAACAUUUGACCUAUUCACGUUCUACUGGGCGGUUGUGUUUGCAAGGGCAUCCGUGGUUUACUGCCGCAGCUUUGAACACAGACCUGAGAGCGCAAAAGUAUAUCUUUUCCACAGCCCAAUUUAGAUCGAUCUGUCCUAUCCUGUCUUGUCCUGACCUGCGAGGCAUCCUCCGUCCGCUGCCCCCAUCAUGGUUGCGCCGGCGGUUCCAGAGAUAAUCGAGGACGACGACAUUGGUUUGGCAGUCGAUGCCCGUACAGAGAGUCUCCCUGGGCUCCGCGAACUGGGACCUCCUGACUUGGUCCACCUGGUCAAACAGAGCGUCAAGGCCGGUUCCAAGCAAACGGGCGUCUACCAUCAUGUCACCGGGGUCGACGCCUCCUCCUCCGCCAGUCUCGCAGCCUAUGUCAACACUCUCACCUUCAAUCCUGCCGACAAAACCCACAAGGUCGUCUCCGGCCUGUACUGCUGUUACAAUGCCUUUUCCCACCUCGACAUGCGCGUGGAAGUCAAGAUCCCCGGAAGUGUUGAAAGCUAUUGUGUUGAUGAGCGGGGCGAUAGAAGAGUAGCCACGGACGGGCUAUGGUUGGAGACAUUUCUCUGUGCUGUGCUCAGAGCUUAUUCCUACGCCGACGACGGCAGCGGAGACACGAUUAAAAAGAUUAUAGGCGUGCGAAGGUUCAAUCCUGUUACCAGUACCGAAAUUGAGCACCGAUUUUUCGAGGCGGCUGAGAAGCUCUUCUUCAAUGGCCGACAGUUGGGCUCCGAUCCUGAGAUUCAAAUUCCUAACCUAGUCUCGAAUCACUUGACCGCCGGUCUCCUGAAGUACAUCAAAACCACGGGCCGCUAUACAUCAGGAAUUAACUUAUUCGAGAAGCUGCGUACAAAAGACGUUGAGGUUUCAUCCUUGUUGGCGCAAGUCCUCCUGGACGGUGACGAAGAGGUCCAGGCGGUUCGGCUGUUGCAUGAUGCCCUGCAGGAUGUUCCGAUGGACUAUGCCCUUUUGGAUUGUCAAGCCACAUUUUGUCAAAAGAAGGGCGAGGGCGAUUUGGCGCUCGAACUGGCCAAACAAGGGGUCACUGCAGCCCCCAGCGAGUUCAGUACUUGGGCUCGGCUGGCAGAAGUCUAUGUCGACCUGGAGCAAUGGGACCUCGCUCUCUUGACUCUGAAUUCAUGUCCCAUGUUCUCUUACCAAGACAAGGACUCACCCCGGAUGCCUGAGCCAACUCGCGUGCUACUCCCCAUCUUAGCCGAGACCGCGCUGGAUGAGAUUGAUGAAGGACAGCCACGACACGGAGAACCGUAUGACUCAAUACAUGUUUCGCUUAGGAAACUCCAAGCCGCCACAUAUCAAGGCACGUUUCUGAAGGCGUAUAGCUUGCUCACCAGGGUCGCAGCUUCGAUCGGGUGGGACGCACUCCUGAAGACACGCAGCCAGGUGUUUGUCAUGGAAGAAGAGUAUCGAUCGGAACGACAACAUUCCACGCCCAAGGCACCGGCUAGCAAGAACGCCAGUACCGUCGCACUUUCGGGGACGCCGAAUGGCAAAGCUACGGUUCCUGAUGAAUCUCAUUCAGACGAUGACCAGUCGCCCACAGAUGACCAAAACGAGGCGGCAGGGUCGUCGACUGCUCCGACCCUAAACGGCGGGGCCAAUGAAAACGCCGAGAUCCAAGCAGACCAGUCAAUGGAGAAGCCAGUGCCCACAAUUACUGCUGAAGAGGUCAAGUCUGGAAACGAUGACAGCGACCAUUCUGACGCCCAGUACCCCCAAUUUCAGAACAAGAGGCUGUGUGAACGAUGGCUGGACAAUCUUUUCAUGGUGCUAUAUGAAGACUUGAGAAUAUACACCAUUUGGCGGACCGAGAUGGGUCAGUAUCGUCAGCAGCAGAUGCAGUACAAAAAGAGCGCGUCCGAGUGGGAGAUCUUGGGCGACCUGGCAGAACGACUACAUCACAACAACGAGGCCCUCGAGGCAUAUCAACAGUGUCUCAACAUUCGAUUCUCCCCCAAGGCCAUGCGAGGAAUGCUGCGGAUGUACGAGAAGAGGGGAGACACAAGAAAUGCUCUGGCAUGCUUGAUCAGGCUCAUCACAUGGCAGUACAGGUGGUAUUCAGAGUUCUCCCCCGAACUCUUCUAUUCGAUUCGCAAAUUGAUCGAGGAAGAAGGAGCGGUCAAGAUCCGCAGUAUCGUUCAAGCAUCGAACCUACCGCAGCACGUGUUGGACCUCACACAUGAAUACUGUCAAGUGUGUGUAGCGUUCCGGAGUAAUGGAACCGACGGGUAGGAUGAGAUUGUGACGCUGUGAUUGUAUAUGAUUCGAUAGCGACAUCGGAUGGAUGGUAAAUCUUCGGGCCAGGGACCCAUAUUGCAAGCGUCGGCGUCCCAAAUAAAAGAUCGAUAGAUGGAAUGGUGAUGUUGAUCGAGCACUGAAAAGGAUUACAAUUCUCGGGUUGCGGAAUGUUCAUAUGUCAUCUGAUUUCAAAAUGCUUUGCCGUAGACUCUGUCCGGCGGAUCAGGAGGUCUAUAAGUGUCCUAAUCUAAUCUAAUCGCAUCAGUUCCCC